AUGAUCGCCGAUUCGGAUCCCUUGAAGGAUUCGGCUUCGAGGCCCGACGCCGCCCAACCGAACCCUAAGACCCUUGAUCUCGAAAAACCCAGCCCGAGAUCCAGUCUUUUCGUCGGUGACGCUGGCGGCGGGAAGACCGGCACCUCCUCCACCGCCGCCCCCCAGGAGCUGACCCUCAGCUACCUCUGUGAGAACCCCAAGGCGGGGCUUCAGGAAAAGGACGGCCUUGGCAGCGAUCUCUUCGUCUCUAUCGAGAAAGCUCGAGCCAAAGGGAAGGAGAUCGCCGUGGACCUAGCUGACGACCAUGGGGAGCGGUGGGUCGAGAGGGAUUUCCUCCAGCUUGCCGGUGGCAAGGCUCCGGCGAAGAGGGAGGGGCCGGAGGGGAUCGAGGGAGAAGCACAAGAGAAGAAGGUGAAGAUCGAGACCCUAAACCUCUCCCUCGGCCCGCCCAACCUCUCCCUCUCGCUCCAUUUGGCUAAUCCGGUGGUGCCGCCGGCGACUGUCUCCGCCGCCGCCGCUCCCGCUGCUCCGAGUUCGGCGGCAGCAGUGGUGGUUGUGGCUCCGGUGAAAAGGAGCUUCAGCAACAACACCCGCGCAACCAAUUCUAACGACUACGGCGCCUCGCUCUCCUACUCGUGCUCGGCGGCCUUCUCUCACAACCCCAGCUGCUCCCUCACCAGGAAUUCCACCGAGAACUUCGAUGCGUCCAGGGAGAACGAUACAAUGUGGUACGCCGGGGAGGGGACGAACGGCUCAGUCCACAGCCGGUUCAAGCCUGUGGGUGAUAGCAUCACCUUUUCGAACCUCGGUGGCUUCCCUCACAUGCAGGGAGAGAGCAUGGAGGCGGGCAACAGUCUAUUCCGGGCGAGCAGCUCGGAGAACAUCUCCUUCUUCCCGGCCGAAUUGCCUGCGAGGGCCGCAAAAGCUAACGCUGGUGCGAGCUCAGAUACUGGGAAGGGGGGCGUGAUCCUUUCGAGGCUGUUGAAAGAGAUAGCAUCGGAGUCGGUCCCUUACAUGGCGCAGAUACUUCAGGAUUUUCCAACUGAGUCGCUGGAAGCUCUGAAGGAGUCUCUGAGAAAUCUGAUGAGCAUGCCGGAAAAGAAGGAUGAGUUUGCUAGCCUCCAGGGAAGGCUUGAGAGGAGAUCAGACCUUACAGUUGAGACCCUCUCAAAGUGUCACAAGACACAGCUUGAAGUUCUGGUGGCGAUCAAGACUGGCAUCGUGAAUUAUGUGACUGGAAAGGGCUGUGUUCCUUCGAAUGAGCUGGUCGAGAUAUUCUUGCACCUAAGGUGCCGAAAUGUGAAUUGCAAGAGCCUGGUGCCCGUAGAUGACUGCGACUGCCAGAUUUGCUCUAGCAAGAAGGGAUUUUGCAGUGCUUGCAUGUGCCCAGUCUGUCUGAAGUUUGAUUGUGCUUCGAAUACAUGUAGUUGGGUCGGGUGUGAUGUUUGCUCCCAUUGGUGCCAUGCUAGUUGUGGAAUUGAAAAGAAUCUGAUUAGGCCUGGGCCAACCUUGAAGGGUCCAAUGGGCAUGACAGAGAUGCAGUUCAAGUGCCCUGGGUGUGGGCAUGCUUCUGAGAUGUUUGGAUUUGUUAAAGAAGUUUUUAACUGCUGCGCAAAGGAUUGGGGUCUCGAGACUUUGAUGAAGGAGCUGGACUGUGUUAGGAAGAUCUUCUGUGCCAGCGACGAUUUCGAAGGGAAGGGGCUGCAUGCAAAGGCAGAAGAAAUUCUCAACAUGCUUGGCAAGAUGCUUAUUUCGCCUAUGGAUGCAUGUAACAGCAUGCUGCAGUUUUUCAAGUAUGGAGUUACAGAGUUCUCUGUUACUGGCAGCUCCUCCAAAAACAUAUUAGGAACUCAAGCAAACAAGCAUGCAGACGCACUUCCUCUUCCAUCAUCAACAACUGUUACCCCUUCGAAGUCUGUAUUUAACUUCAAACCAACCAGCUCUGUACUAGAAAUGCAAAUAGAUGCUAUUAAAACAGACCCAAAACCUCUUGCACUUGAACCCCGUUUUACCCCAGCGAAGGAGGAUGGUUUUCAGAGCUUGGAGACUAUUGUGAAGUUCAAAGAGGCAGAAGCAAAUCUUUUCCAGAGGCUUGCAGAUGAAGCCAGGAGGGAAGUGGAGGGCUACCGCCAGAUUGCCCGUGCCAAGUCUGAGAAGCUGGAGGAGGAGUACGCGACCAAGCUUGCAAAGCUUUGUCUACAGGAGGCUGAGGAGCGCCGGAGGAAGAAGCUCGAGGAGCUCAAAUUCCUUGAGAACUCUCACUGUGACUACCAUAACAUGAAGAUGAGGAUGCAAGCUGAGAUAGCUGGCUUGCUUGAAAGGAUGGAAGCAACAAAGAAAAUGUGGGUAUAAUAAGUAUGAUAGGUUCUCUUUGUGCUGAAAAUGCUUGACUUGUAUAUUAUGUUUUUAGAUGCUUUAAGCUUCCAGAAGUCAGUCUAGUCUAUGGCAGCUGUACAAGUAUUGUAACUUGUAAGUUUCACUUUUUGGUAUUUGAAGGUUGUUUAAAUGCAUUUUGUGAACCAAUCAGUUUCCUGA